GUUUCCUACCUUGCCUUACGUAUCGACGCGGACGCACCUCAUCGUCCGGCUGGAGCUGCCUCUCCCACUGCUUGCCCUUGUCGACAACUACAGCUACCAACGCAUCUCUCCCCGUUCGUUCCACCCUCUCUGACAACCGACGGCCGACAUCUCGAAACCUCCCUGCACUCCUCCGUCGAUUUCUCCUUUGCACUCGCCAGACCUACCUUCGACGACAAUACAAUGUCGGCUCAGAACUCGGCCGGUAUCCAAACCCUCCUGGACGCGGAGAGAGAAGCCUCCAAGAUCGUCCAGAAAGCCCGAGAGUUCCGCACAAAGAGGGUAAAGGAAGCUCGCGACGAAGCCAAGAAGGAGAUCGAGGCGUACCGCAACUCCAAGGAGGAGGAGUUCAAGAAGUUCGAGUCCGAGCAUUCUCAUGGAAACAAGGCGGCUGAGGACGAGGCAAACAAGGAGGCCGAGGGAAAGAUCAAAGAGAUCAAAGACGCCGGAAAGAAGAGCCAAGACAAGGUCGUCGCUGAUCUCCUGAAGGCCGUUUUCGAGGUCAAGCCAGUUGCACCAAGCGCCGCAUAAGACAACAUGAGUCUGCCGCGUGGCAUCCAAACAUAUUGGUAGCGUAAAUACGGGACUACGGUAUACAUCCAGUGUAAACACGAAGUCCAUAGUCCUGCGAAAGGGCUACGGACACGUGAAUAGCUUGACAUGGUUGUAUGAAUGCGGCGAGGCAACUCGAUGGGACGAUAGUUUGAACAACCCACGUCCACAAGGCUUUGGUGAAGGCACACCUCACAUUGCCCCAGUGUUGUCACAGUAGCAGUAGUAGAAUUACACCUAGCUAACCUGCACCGUUUUCUUUUCUUAAAAAGAAACGCAUA